AUGAGUUAUUCUUCUCACCUUUGCUCUACUUGUGAUGUCCUGAGAGUUCAACUAAGACUAAAAGAGGAUCAAUUGAAGGCGAAAGAGGACCAGUUGAAGGCGAAAGAUGAUAAAAUAUGUCAGUUACAAGAAGCUGUGAUACAGAUACAGAAAGAUCUUAUCGCUGCUAAGGAAGAAACGUUACUCAUAAAAGGUCUGCAUGAGUUAACACUGAACUCUCAAUCUCGUCCAGUUUCAUCAAGUACGUCGCGUAGUUUUAUGACUGGCUCAUUUAUUGAUUCUGGUAGAACUCCUACAAGUGAUACGUCUAGCGAAAUAGAAUGGGUGACCAGCGAAGAUGUGAUACGGGAGCACCGCGCUUACGUAGGAAACGUUGGAGCUGAUAUUAGUAAAUCAAAACUAAAAAGGAUACUUGAACAUCAAAUAGGAUCGGUGCGUUCCAUCGACGUGGUUGUUGAUAAGCACUGUGCCUUUGCUGAAUUUGCAACACGAGAAAUCUAUAAUAUGGCCGUCAGCAUUGGAUUUGUUGUCGUAGAUGGACGUAAAUUGAAAAUAGAACCAACGAAACCACCGCGAAUAUUCUGCGACGACUCACCUAAACCCAACGCCAUUAUCCCAAGAGGACCGUUCAUAUCCAUAAUAACGACCAGUGCAGUGUCGGCACAUACAUCCUUCACCAUAAUAAUAACGGCAGCAAAAACAGCAGAAUCGACAAUAGAUGCAAUAUUCUAUGUGGCAAUAGUAACAACGACCGUAGUAUCGACAAAGGGAACAAUAACAACAGUAGUGACCACUAUUUACGUGGCAACAUUUCCGUAG